AUGACAAUAAUUCAUAGGAAUACUAAAAAAAAAGUCAUGCUAAAAUCAUGGUUCGAUUUAGUAAAUGAAUCAAUGAAUUUAAUUAAAAAGAUGUAUAAUAUAAAAGAUACAGAAUUAAAAGAAAAAGAUUUAAUAAUAUGGUCUAGUGGAAAAAUAAUGAAUAAAAAACUUUUCAAAUCUCAAACUUUUAGAGAAGAUUCAAACUAUAUAUAUUUGUUUCUGUCUACUAAGAUCGCAGAGGAGCACUGCGUUACCAGGGAAAACGUCUACAAACAAGUAAUUGCAAAAAUUCGAAGAUACAAAAAUAUAGUAACAAAGUAUUUCCACGGAGUUGACAAAGAAGAGAAUCCAGAGUGGGGAUCUAUGAAUGAAUUAUUAGGAUUAUUAAUAAAAUCAAAAGAAUUGAGAGAUCUUUUAGUAGAUAUAAAAAGAGAAGAUAAAAUUGAAUCAGCUAGACAACAAAUUCUUCAGCUUGUUCAGGAAAAUAAAAAUUAUGUAAUAUUUUUUGAUAUAUUACAAAGAAAUAGAAUUAUUUAUGAUAUACUUGCUAAUGCAAAUCAAUGGAAAGAAUUUGUAAAUGCAAAUUUUUAUAAUAUAAAAGAAUUGAUUAAUUUACAUUACCCUAAUCAGGAUGACACAGAUUUGUAA